GCGGCUAAAAGCCGGAGGAGCGAUGUUCUCAGCAGCAGACUGAGCAGAGAUGUCAACACAAACUCUGAAGAUGACAGCAGCAUCUGUUCAAUACAUAAGAAAGCUGUUAGGAAAAAGCAGCUGCGCGACAAACAACCUGCUGAACACUGGACACAAAACACAGAAGAACACUAGUGAUUGUAAAACAACCAAGAACAAAGAUGGAAAAAGCCAUAAAAGAAACGUUCUGCAGUCCCAAGACAAGACAACGGAGCAGUGCAUACGGAAAACUGUUGUUUUAAGAAGAAAAGAAAAUGAAACUUUCGGGUUUGACAUCCAGACAGGCAGUGUUGAGAGAAGCAUCAGCGCUGAGCAGGAUUUGAGCUCAUAUGUGUGUUGGGUGAAGGAGAACAGUCUCGCAGAGAGUAGUGGGUUAAUGACAGGUGAUGUUAUUAUCACAGUCAACAGUGUGCACAUUGCUGGAUUCACUCAUCAGCAGAUCAAGGAUCUGGUUCAGAAGUCCUCCCUCUUAAUGAUGGAGAUUAUCAGAGGUGCUACAGAAAAGCAGAGACAAUUGCUUAACAAGCUUCAUCUCCUGCAGAGACAGUUCACAGAGAAAUGCGAAGAGCUUCAGACACUCAUCUCAGAGGAAAUGCGUCUAGUAGGAGGUGCCAUGGAAGACAUCCAGAAGCCAUGUGCCCUUCUUCCAGAAUCCUCUGCUACUGUUUGCUGACAGUAUGGAUAGUUUUGUUCCACUUACAAUAUAAUCAAACAUACCUAAUCAAGGUUCAAGCUAGUGCAUUAGAGCAGGGCUGAAACUAAACUCUGUUAAAGUUACAAGACUUAUGGCCAUAUGGUCAAAGACACCCUGUUAAGACAGGAUUGAAAGCAUGAAAUGCUAAAUAUUGAUGUAUGAGAUGGAAUUAUUUAAUAAUUUAUUUUAAUUAUAGUGUAUUUUUGUAAUAUCUAUACUGUAUUUGUGUAUUUUGCAAUAUUAAGCAUUGUCAAUUUAUUUAAUUCACUGUAUUUUUAUCAAAUAUAUAUAUUGUCUAAAAAUGAUUUGUGUAUUUGUAUACAAAGUGUUUUAAUAUAUUUAUUCAUUUUUAUAUUUAUUAUAGAAUGCCUCAGUAAUAAACUGUUGUUUUGUAGCAUAAGCUGGUUUUGCUGUGACUGUAUAAAUUCAAACACUUAAUCUUGCUGAAUGUGGUUUGCAUAAGUUGAUUUGUCUGCUGUUUGCUUCUGCUGAUCAUAGGUUUCCCAGAUAUCAUCUCUGUCAGUGGUAAAUUACCAGAUGCAGUUCUCAUUCACCACAUAGAUCUUAAGCCUGGCAGGAAAUGACACGUCAUUGUUGGUACAUCCUGUCUCAAAGACAAAACCUUAGCGUUCUCAUCACUUUUAUAAGGCUUAAUUGACAGUUUAAUGAUUAUCUGAUGCCUCAUUCUGUUUUUGAUAUAAUAAAAGACUUUUUAUAA